CCGAUAGGCAGUGCCCUUGAUGUGUAUAGUGCUUUUGCCAUUUCAACAAAAUGUAUGCUGAUAUUAGGGAAUAACAAUAGAAACAGAAAAAAUGUCAAGUAGAUCCUCAACUCCCACUUCUACCACUUCUAAAUAUACCAAGAUACCGCCUAUCAUUACAAAUGAGGUAGACAGGCGUUUCCUGCAGGACCUCAGUGAGUACAUUGACUAUGAGAUGUCAAGGAUUAAUACUGAAGAAGAUGAGCAGCGUUAUAUCAUCUUUAAGACUGUUUUUAACAGGAUAAUUGAGCAUGUGAAGGCCUACAAACCUCUGUUGACGGCGGUGAAGAAAGAGUAUGAGGACACCAUUGAGGUGAUCAAGUCAGGGCAGAGGGAGGCUAUCUUCCUUCAUGGCAAACUCAAGGCCAUGGCCUCCGAACCCUCAACCAUGAGGAAUUACAAGAAGAGAGGCGAUGAACUAGAGGAAAGGAUUGGUGUCAUUGAGAGAGACAAUGACAGACUUCAGAAACAGCUGCUAAACUUAAAGGCCAAACGUAAGGAGCAGGAGGAGUUUGAACGGCAGGUAACUGAGCCUCCAAAACGAGAAUUCAAGAAGGAUCAUCGUUUAAUACCUGGAUUAACCCUGGAGGAAUCUACGAAUGUGCCGUUGCUUUAUCGAGACUUGGAAAAGCUUGACCGCCAGUUGAAGGAACUGGACAUCAGUUUGAGGACAAGAUAUGUAGAGAAGUCAUAUAAGGUUGAGCUUAAGGAGAAACUGGAUAACAAAGUCCUAUAUAGGGAUCAACUUGCCCUCCAAGGUCAACUGUACCGAGCAAAGCAGCAUCGUCUUAAAAUAGCAGUGGAGGCAGCCCAGGCCUACAAUCGAGUCAAGCCUCCGCAUCAAACGGUCGGUGAUGCCGUCUUCUUCGCUCUGUCACAUGCAGCUGGUCUGCAGAUUCAGGAAAAAGAAUGGAGCAUAAUGGAAUCACAAAAGAAUUAUGGAAGGAUGUGCAUCUUUCAAAAAGAAAUUGAACUGGCUCCCGACCAGAACCAGGGGGAGGCUCGGGAGGGGUCAGCAGCCGCAGCGUCCAAGUCAUCAUUUGAUGACGACGAUCCUAAUAGGGAGAAAGAGGCAGAGAUGAUGCUGGAAUAUAUAGAGAAAUUUAAUGAGCUGUUUGAGGAUGGGAAGUAUGAGGAGGCAGCCAUUCACGCCGCCAACAGUCCCAAGGGAAUACUAAGGACGUCUGCCACACUCGCAAAGUUUAGAGAUGUGAAGGUCCAGGUGAACGGUCGGUCACCUCUCCUUGCCUUCAGCGAGGCAGUGAUGUCAUCAGUGGGAGCCAUCGGUAUGAAACCUAACGAUACCCUGUCACUAGAAUGUGUCGAGUGUGCACUGUACGAAAACAGACUUGACCUCUUGUCUCACUGGAUCUCACAGGAAAGACUGACCCUGUCGCAGGAUCUGGGAGACAGAAUCAGUGCCCACUGUAAGUGUAACGUGCCAUGUCGGUGCGGUAGUCAAGCUCUGGCUCAAAACGUGUUCAGCAAGUUGCAGCUUCACCGCCAGACCGUAGUGUGUCUGCUGAAGCAGGGGCGCAUCCAUGCUGGUAUGGACUACGCCAAACACAAGAUGCCGUUCACGCGGGACCAGUUCAUGUCUGUCCUGAGGACCUGUCCCUCUGUCCAGCUGAUGCAUGCUCUCGUGGAGGAGGAUGGUGAAGGGAGCCGGGCCUUGCCCAUUGGUGUAGUCUUACUGGUAGUUCUAGAGAAGAACCAGUACAACCUGGUUCUUCCAUUCAUACAGGACCAACAGAAACAACCAUCGGUUGAUGACCCUCAAAUAAACCAGUUCCAGGCAGCUGUCUUGGAUGACUCGUACACAACCUCAGUCCAGUGGGACAGCCUGGUGGAGUUGUUCCAGGACCAGGGAUACGAGGAUACUGCCAUGUGUCUCCUUGCCUCAAUAACUGUUCUCAAUGCUAUGAGGAGCGCUUUAUAUACCCGACUUGGAGUCAAUACACCACAAUCACCCCAAACAGACUCGCCUCAGACUGAUCCUACCCAGGGGGUACCACUUCCUCAAGGCACCCCUUCACUGGUGAUCUCCCAACCAGAGGUGGAACCAUCUAAACAAGAGUCCUCGUCCAAGGAAAUACAACCUGAAGCAGCCCUGCCUCAGAAGGAACUGUCUCAGAAGGACCUCACUGAAGGGGAUACAGCUAUAACUGACCCAACGCAGUCAUAAGACGCUAAAAAUGGGAAAGUGCCUGCUGUUCCCACCAAGUUUUUGUCAAAGAUUCCAACUGUUCAUCAAAACGGUUAAAGUGUUGUCUGGAAGUUAUCAUAGUUUUGACACAGGUCUUACAUAUCAGUCUGACAUCAUAUCAGCGAUAUCAGCGAUAUGAUCCCACAAGUUUAAAACUGUUAAAAUUACACUACAAUAAAGAAGGGGAGAUGUACCAAAGAAGAGAGUUUCCAAGACACCUAGACCUGCAGUGCUUUCAGAAUAUUGACUUAAGUCAGUGAUCCUUAAGUAUUUUACUACCUGGUACUAAGUGUACUAAGUGUAGCAGCACCGCGGGUCUAUUCUGUAUUUUACUACCUGGUACUAAGUGUACUAAGUGUAGCAGCACCACGUGUCUAUUCUGUAUUUUACUACCUGGUACUAUGUAUACUAAGUGUAGCAGCACCACGUGUCUAUUCUGAAAUGUUGGAUGUAGGAGACAUGUUGACCUAUAUAUUUUACAAAUCAAUAUUGAAGACAUUACAUUAAUUUGUAUUGUUGUUAGAGGUAUUUUAAAGGAAUACUCCAAUGUAUAAAUGUACAUCUUAACUACAAAUAACCCAUGUAUGUUAACCUGGGUGUUAAUCUGUGAUAAUCAUUAAAGUUUAAGAUGAGU